UCAUAUGACUUCAGCGAGCUAACCGACAGCACAACAAUGUCUACUGUAACCCUGACUCUCUUUUAUGCAAUAAUAUGCUGCGCCGUGACAGAAAACCUAGCAAACGUUUCAUCUCCAAACAUUAUCAUAAUGCUCAUGGAUGACAUGGGCUGGGGGGACUUGGGGGUAUUUGGCCAGCCCUCUAAGGAGACCCCCAACCUGGAUGCCAUGGCUGCUCAGGGCAUGCUGUUUCCAAAUUUCUACACUGCAAACCCCCUCUGUUCCCCAUCCAGAGCUGCACUUCUCACCGGGAGGCUGCCUGUCAGAAACGGUUUCUACACCACAAAUGGCCACGCCAGAAACGCAUACACACCACAGGAGAUGGUGGGAGGAAUCUCUAAGGAUGAGAUUUUAAUACCCCAGAUGCUGAAGAAAAAGGGCUACGUCAGCAAGAUAGUUGGCAAAUGGCAUCUGGGCCACAGACCUCAGUACUUGCCUCUGGAGAACGGUUUUGAUGAAUGGUUUGGGGCACCGGACUGCCACUUUGGUCCUUACAACAGCAGCAUCAGACCCAACAUCCCUGUCUACAACAACUCUGAGAUGCUUGGCAGAUACUAUGAGGAGUUUAAGAUUGACAAGAAGACUGGAGAGUCCAACCUCACACAUAUGUACUUGCUGGAAGGUCUCGACUUCAUAGUCCGUCAGACUGAGGCCCAGCGUCCCUUUUUCCUCUACUGGGCACCGGACGCCACUCACGCCCCCGUCUACGCCUCCAAGCGCUUCUUAGAGAAGAGCCAGCGAGGCCGAUACGGCGAUGCGGUGAUGGAACUGGACUACAGCGUCGGUCAGAUCCUGUCAUUGCUGCAGACUCAGGGCAUCGCAAACAAUACCUUUGUCUUCUUCACCUCAGACAACGGAGCUGCUCUGAUAUCUUGUCCAAAGGAAGGCGGGAGCAACGGGCCGUUCCUCUGCGGGAAGGAGACCACCUUUGAAGGGGGGAUGAGGGAGCCAGCCAUUGCCUGGUGGCCCGGACACAUCAAAGGAGGCACGGUGAAUUUCCAGUUGGCCAAUGUGAUGGACCUGUUCACCACCAGUCUGGCUCUGGCCGGCAUCGACCCUCCGGACGACAGAGCCCUAGACGGACUGGACUUGACCCCAGUCCUGCUGAACCGGCCACACGCCCUCCAGAGCAGGCCAAUCUUCUACUACCGGGGGAAUGAGUUGAUGGCUGUGAGGCUGGCCGAGUACAAGGCGCACUACUGGACCUGGAGCAACUCGUGGGAAGAGUUUAACAACGGCAUCAACUUCUGUCCAGGUCAAGAGGUCCCGGGUGUGACAACUCACGAGCAGAAAGAGCACACAAUGCAGCCAAUCAUUUUCCACCUGGGGCGGGAUCCUGGGGAAAAGUACCCUAUCAGUGUUUUGACUAAGGAGUACCAGGAUGCGCUGAGCAGGAUCUCUCCGGUUGUGGAGCAGCAUGAGAAGACUCUGGUGCCGGGUGUUCCCCAGCUCAACAUGUGUGACGUGGCGGUGAUGAACUGGGCCCCUGCAGGCUGUGAGAAGUUGGGAAAGUGUCUCAAAGUGCCCAAGUCUGAGCCCCGGAAGUGUGACUGGCCACACUGAGACAAUCAGGAAACGAAACUUGAAGAUUUGCCUUUUUAUAGAAAAACAAACAGCAUUAUUUUUUUAAAGGAUAUGUCUUUAAGUUCAUUGUAAAAUAGAAGUGGCUGUUUUUUAAAAGAAGUUUUGGUCAAACAAAUAGUGUUUAUAGUGACCCUUUUUCCUAUCAAAAGUGAGGUCACCUUGGUGUCAAAAAUGAAAGUAAUUUAACACUGUUUAUUCGUGACACCAUCAAAAGAUCCUAACACAUUCUUCCACGUCUCGCUUUUCAACAGUCAAAAAAAACUAUUUGCCUCCAAAACACCAAAACCUCUGGCAGGUAAUCCUGCUGAUUACAGCGGGUGAAAUAAGUAUUGAACACGUCACCGUUUUUCUCAGUAAAUAUAUUUCCAAAGGAGCUAUUGACAUGACAUUUUCACCAGAUGUUGAUAACCACCCAAGUAAUACAUACAAAGAAACCACAACAAAGAAGUUCAGAAAUAAAGUUAUGUGUAAUAACGUGAAAUGACAAAGGGAAAAAGUAUUGAACACACUUACUGAUAUUUAUUCAAUACUUUGUACAAAAGCCUUUGUUGGUGAUGACAGCUUCAAGACGCCUCCUGUCUGGAGAAACUAGUCGCAUGCAUUGCUCUGUGAUUUUGGCCCAUUCUUCCACACAAACGGUCUUCAAAUCUUGAAGGUUCUGUGGGCCUCUUCUAUGAAUCUUGAUCUUCAGUUCUUUAUUUUGUUUUUUUUGUUCAAUACUUAUUCCACCUGCUGUCCUUCCAGCCUAAUUGAAACAUAGCACCUCACCCCCAAGUGGUUAACAAUCAAAACAACAAAAUGGCUCUUACAGUGUUGGUAUAACAACAAUAUAUUGUGCAUGUUUACAUUUGUGAUUUUAACAAGCCAACACAAGCUCUAACAAAAAUAAAAGCUGCAUCAAGAGCGAAUGGUUUAAGUCGGGAUUGAAAUGAAGAACAAGCUGUGAGGGAACUGUAUUCAUUGACCUUACCUAAUGCAAUGAAUCACACCCUGCUGGACUUUUGAAAUAGUUUUGUAUCUUUCUUGCAGCCAUACCUCAAAGCACGUUUUUAAUUAAAA